GGAAAGCAGUCCAACCAUCACUUUCAGGGACCCCAAUAGGAUUCUGUUCGAAAAGGGAAGUGUGGAUUCUUUCCUGGUCUCCACGGAACAGCCGUUAGGGGGGCUGACUCACAUGCAAGCCUGGCAUAACAACGCCGGGUACAGCCCAGCAUGGUUCCUUAACCAAGUGAUUGUCGUCAACAGAGGAACCAACGAAACAACCUACUUCCUAGCUAACAGAUGGCUCGCUAUCAAUGAAGAUGACGGCAAGAUCCACCGCAUCAUCCCCACAGCGUCCCUGGAGGACAUGACCAAGUUUCGAAACGUUUUCCUGGCCAAAAGCUCUAGGGACAUGAACGAUGGUCACCUGUGGUUCUCCGUGGCCGGCCGCCCUGCCCGUUCACCCGUUCACCCGUGUCCAGCGCCUGUCCUGCUGCCUGACGCUGCUCUACAGCACCAUGCUCACCAACAUCAUGUUCUUCGGUCGCGGGGACGACUUCGACCCUCCCGAGCCGCUAAGGAUUGCUGGUUUAGAAAUUAAUCCUCCGAUUUCUCUACCUCAGCUUAUGAUCGGCAUACAGAGCGCGGCUAUCAUCCUUCCAGUCAACCUUCUCAUCGUCUUCUUCUUUCGCAACUCCGGGAAGAGACCACAAACAGACGCUGGCAAAAAGAAAGCAGAUUCCCAAACAAGUGACGGUACCCCUACAUGCUCAAGGGACUCGCCGAAGAGCAACGAAGCUAUCCCGCGCAAUGUUUUUCUAAACACACCCUACAAUUACUGCCCAACUAACACCCCAUUCGUGGAUUUGAGGAGAAGAAGCAAAGACGUUGCCACUAAUAAUGUGAAGCCGGCAGUAGAGAUUCAGACCGAAGAUAGCACCGUCAAAGGUAACGACGACAAAGUCGUGGCUCAGAAGAAGUCAUCACUCCCCUGGUGGGUUGUGUAUUUAGGUUGGAUGCUUGUGUGGUCUGCUAGUUUCGUGGCUGCCUUCUUCACAGUUCUCUACACGCUGAGCUUUGGCAAGGCGAAGGCAGAGGCCUGGGUAUUUACCUUCGUGACGUCUUUUUUCACCGACCUGUUCCUGGUGCAGCCCUUCAAGCUGAUGUUGCUCGCUAUGCUGUUUGCCCUGUUGACGAGGAAACCAAUCGAAGACGAGGACCCAUCACCUGCGCCAGUGGAAGAGGACGAGGAAUACAUUCAAACCGAUGCUGAGGUAACCUUACAUGCUAUCUCGCAUACAGAAAUAGGUAGUUUUUCUUGCAAUAAUUGCAGACAAUGUAAGACCCUUCAUUUGUCAAGAGAGAGAGAGAGAGAGAGGAGUGAGGAGUCAAAUUUACUUGGUUAUACUCUUACCAACAGGUUGACGAAGUUCAACCUGACCGUUUGACUGGAAGUGCAACUGGCUGGAUGCGCUACGUGGGGAUGGGUCGGGCACAAUAAUAUACUCCUGA